AUGUCCACCCUCCCUAAAAUCGUCAUAAAGCCACUCUCUUCUGCUGCGUCACCACCCGAAGAGGCUGACGAUGAAUCUGCUGACGCACCAACCCAUAUGGAUGUCGAUGAAGAAGGGUCAGACGAUGAGCAAGAACCAGUUGCCUCUGUUAAACGCGGCAGAGGCAGACCUAGAGGCUCCACCAAUCGGGGGAGGGCUAUUGAGGCGCCCAUACCAGUUUCCCGCCCACGAGGAAGGCCUAGAGGCUCUACCAGUCGAGGAGUAGGACCAGGUCGCCCGAGAGGUUCCAAUACGGGUCGUCAAAUAAACGGUGGCUUAACAAUACGACUUCCUAAACGCGACGAUGACGACGAUAACUACGGUAGUGAAGGAGCGACAGAGCCGGAGCCAGACGUUCCACCAGCAAAAGACGAUGAAAAGCCUACAGGUGGUGGGAAACCGUUCCGGAGGGUGAAUGGUCAAGUCUAUGUCAUCGACGGCGACGAGUUCGUUACAGAGGACGAUCCGAAGGGGGACACGAAGAUUGAUAAAUGGGGAAACCUUCUUGGCGGCGCGUCUGCUUCUGUCUCAGCAUUCAAAGCGGGGACCUUUAUUCUGCCUGGUCGACACCCAGAACGACGAUAUAUGCUUGCAAUUGACGCAGCUCGCACCUCUGGCUUCCGCGAUUCAUUGUACUACUUCCGCCGCAAUCCGUUAGCAUUAAAACACAACGCGACUCAGAACGAAAAAGACUAUUUGAUAUCGCAAGGAAAGCUCGGUCCUCAUCUUCGCACUCGCAGCGUCACCCUUGUAACCGCUCGAAGCGCUUUCAAACUUCAUGGAAGCAAAACAAUAUUCGAGGGAAGAUGGGUCGUGGACGACUACUACGAAGACAAAGUGCUCGCAGAUAUCACGGAGCGAGGCUUGAAAGCUGGCGACCCCGUCGGCGAGUUGCCUGAUCCGAACGCCCACCAUGCAACCGAACAAUCUGGUGCAAAUGCAGCCAAUGCGGCCAAGAAUGAUCGACUUGGGGCUGGCACGACCGGUAUAUAUCGUGCUGGAGGGCCCACAACCCUCUUCGGCUCAAGCGGGUUAGGUCCAUUCAGCGAUGGCCCCUUGAACGCUGUUAGAAAGAGUUUGCUGUCGCGAGAUGGGGUGACAGAGGAGAACUGGAUGUGGAUGGCAGCGAUGCGAACGUUACAAGCAGAAGAUGAAUGGUCAAAAAAUCGAAAGCAGAGUGUGCAACCCAUCGAACCUUCUGGGAAUGUUGUCAGACUCAAUGGAGAUCCACCAGACCCAUUGGUGGCUAUUGCAGACACGUUGCCGUUGGGAUGUUACGAGCCUCAAACUAAUCAGGUUCUUUAUCGAGACGAUACACAACCUAAACAAAGUCGGCUCGAAAAGGCGCCAGACUGGCAGGAAAAAUCGAUUUUGGGCGGGACCAAAGUGGGGAAUGGGGCAUGGGGCGUUGUUUGGCUCGACACAGUUUUGGAGUCGAAACCUUGGAAAGAGGCCCGAAGGAGGGAUGUUGUAGAGAAACGCCGCCUUUGGAGGGAAGCGCAGGAAAGCGAACGGAUGUCUGUAGAACCACUAUAA